GCGAAGGAGGUGGCGAAACUGCUGGAGAUGAAGGCGCAGCUGGGGGGAGAUGAGGGGAAACACAAGUUUGUGCUCAAGACCCCAAAGGGCACCCGGGACUACAGCCCCAAGCAAAUGGCCAUUCGUGAGAGAGUCUUCAAUGUGAUCAUCACCUGCUUCAAGCGCCAUGGAGCAGAAGUCAUUGAUACGCCGGUGUUCGAGCUGAAGGAGACGCUGACAGGGAAAUACGGUGAAGACUCGAAGCUCAUCUACGAUCUGAAAGAUCAAGGAGGAGAGCUGCUGUCCCUGCGCUACGACCUGACAGUGCCCUUCGCUCGCUAUUUGGCGAUGAACAAGAUCACCAACAUUAAGCGCUACCACAUCGCUAAGGUGUACAGGCGGGACAACCCGGCCAUGACCAGGGGCCGCUACAGGGAGUUCUACCAGUGUGAUUUUGACAUUGCCGGCCAGUUUGACCCGAUGAUUCCUGAUGCCGAGUGCCUGAAGAUCGUGCACGAGAUCCUGAGUGACCUGCAGCUUGGGGACUUUCUCAUUAAGGUCAACGAUCGGCGCAUCCUUGAUGGGAUGUUUGCAGUUUGCGGUGUCCCAGACAGCAAGUUCCGAACAAUCUGCUCCAGCGUUGACAAACUGGAUAAGACGCCAUGGGAAGAAGUGAGGAGCGAGAUGGUAGGAGAGAAGGGGCUCUCUCCUGAGGCUGCAGAUCACAUCGGGGAGUAUGUCCAGCUUCACGGUGGCCUGGACCUGAUCGAGGGGCUUCUCCAGGAUCCCAAGUUGUCCCAGAACAAGCUGGCCAAGGAGGGGCUGGGGGACAUGAAGCUGCUGUUUGAGUACCUGACCCUGUUUGGCAUCACAGGGAAGAUCUCUUUUGACCUGAGCCUGGCGCGGGGUCUGGACUAUUACACGGGGGUGAUCUUUGAGGCUGUCCUGCUGCAGCAGGAGAACGACCACGUGGAGGAGCCAGUCAGCGUUGGGAGCGGGGCUGGAGGCGGUCGCUACGACGGGCUGGUGGGGAUGUUUGAUCCCAAGGGACGGAAGGUGCCCUGCGUGGGGGUCAGCAUUGGGAUCGAGCGGAUCUUCUCCAUCCUAGAGCAGAGAGUGGAGGCCUCUGAGGAAAAGAUCAGGACAACAGAGACACAGGUGCUGGUGGCCUCUGCCCAAAAGAAGCUCCUUGAAGAGCGGCUGAAGCUCAUCUCUGAGCUGUGGGAUGCUGGAAUCAAGGCAGAAGUGCUGUACAAGAAGAACCCUAAGCUGCUGAAUCAGCUGCAGUACUGCGAGGACACGGGCAUCCCUCUUGUUGCCAUUGUGGGUGAGCAGGAGCUCAAGGAUGGAGUCGUCAAGCUGCGGGUCGUGGCAACCAGGGAGGAGGUCAACGUUCGCAGGGAGAGCCUGGUUGAGGAGAUCAGGAUGCGAACGAGCCAGCCUUAA